AUGGAGACCCACGACCUGCCCGAGUGGAGUACUUUCUACAGCGAAGCGAGCGAGAUGUACCCGCCCCCCUCUUCCAUGACCUCUCUGGGCUCCAUGGGCCCCGCCGGCCCCAUCAACAGCUACAUUAAUCUGAACACUGCAUCCAGCCUGAAUAUGGCCUACCCCAGCCCAACUCUGAGCAGCUCUCCUCUGGGCUCAAUGAGCCAGGGGCCCACACACAUGUCUCUGUCUCCGGUCAGCACGACCCCUCUCACUCAGCUGAGCUCAUCGGCUCCUGCCCUGGGAUCCAUGUCACAUUAUCAGAAUAUGGGACCCUCUAUGAGUCAGCUGGGCUAUGCUGCCUCUGCCACCAUGAGCCGCAGCCCGAAAGAGGCCCCCCCAAAACCCUACCGGCGCUCCCUGACCCAUGCCAAGCCCCCCUACUCCUACAUCUCCCUCAUCACUAUGGCGAUUCAGCAAAGCAACAGCAAGAUGCUCACACUCAAUGAGAUCUACCAGUGGAUCAUGGACCUGUUCCCGUACUACCGGGACAACCAGCAGCGCUGGCAGAACUCAAUUCGCCACUCGCUCUCCUUCAAUGACUGCUUUGUCAAAGUGGCCAGGUCCCCGGACAAGCCUGGCAAGGGCUCCUACUGGACUCUGCACCCUCAAUCUGGCAACAUGUUUGAGAACGGCUGCUAUCUGCGGCGGCAGAAGCGCUUCAAGAUUGAAGAGAAGGCUGCUAAGAAGGCCUCCAAGAACCAGGAGGGCUCUUCCAAAGGGAGCCGGGAUGAGGCUGAGGAGCAGAGCCCCACGCAGGACUCCGAGGGGCCUGAGGCAGCCCACCCAGACAGCUCUCACCCAGGGUCUGUGUCCGAGGAGCCCACCCUGCACCGCUCCUCUCUGGGCUCUAUGGACUGUGCUCCAAUGGGCAGCUCACACAUGCACAGCAGCUCUGCCUCACCCCCUAUGGGGCUGUCCUCUGCCCUGCUGCACCAGGGGCCGCUGCUGCCAGGGGCCAUGCAACAGCACCUGGACCUGCAGAGCGACCUCAAGUCCCUGGACCCUCACUAUAACUUUAACCACCCGUUCUCCAUAACCAACCUGAUGUCCAGCGAGCAGAAGAUGGAGCUGAAGAGCUACCAGGAGCAUGUCAUGAGCUAUGGCUACAGUGGGGCCUCACCAGUGGGGGCCAAGCCUGUGUACGACAGCACCGGGGCCUCAGCCAUGGACUCAGGGGCCUAUUACCAGACACUGUACAGCCGCUCUGUACUCAAUGCGUCCUAG